AUGCCGCUAUUAUUUCAAAAUCUUCCAUCGUUGCUGGCUCAACGCAAACUGAACGCAUCGCGAGAGUGUAAACAGGCACUUGUUACCUCGCAUCAACACGUGAGCUGCGAGACGAGAGCUCAAAUAGAAUGUCAGUCGUACCGGCUCAUCGUGGAGGAUUCAGUAACGGUCGAGUACAUAACACGUUACGUGGCGGAAUUAAAACAGAAAUAUACGCAGAAUAACGGCAGGCGACCCUACGGUAUCUCGUGUUUGAUUGGGGGCUUUGAUUGUGACGGUGGCCCUCACCUGUUCCAGACAGAGCCCUCUGGGACGUAUUAUGAGUGGAAGGCGGGUGCUAUUGGACGUGGCGAGAAGGCAGUUCGGGAUUUCUUGGAGAAAAAUUACAGUGCUGCACUAGUAGCCACUGAAAAAGGCGCUGUUAAAUUGGCUAUUAUGUCAUUGCUAGAAGUCGUCUAUUACGGACAGAAGAACUUAGAUGUAUUCGUUUUAAGAAAAUCUCAACCUACGGUCAAUUUAGAUCAGGAAGAAAUCAAAGAAUAUUUCGUAGAAAUUGAAAAAGAAAAAGAAGAUAAGGCAGCUCAAUGA